UUGGACAACUCAGUGGUGGCCACUGCGCAGACCAGACUUGGCUCGUUCUUGUGUGCCUCGCUCCGCUUUUCCUCCGCAACCAUGUCUGACAAAUCUGAUAUGGCUGAGAUCGAGAAAUUCGAUAGGUCGAAACUGAAGAAGACAGAGACGCAAGAGAAAAAUCCACUGCCUUCCAAAGAAACAAUUGAACAGGAGAAGCAAGCAGGCGAAUCGUAAUGAGGCGUGCGCUGCCAAUAUGCACUGUACAU